GGGAAGGUCUUUCUGAAAAAUAAUGAGAACGUUACAAGGACAUCCGCAUGCUUCUACAGAGCUGAUUUUGUCUGUGCUACUGGUAUUUUUGUUAAAUGUAACUGAAGUCGAGUCUGUGUGCAGUGAAAAUUGUCGCUAUGGACAAGAGUUUUGCAGGGAAGAAACCUCACACUGUUUGUAUGGUUGUAAUGAUGGCUAUCUUGGGGAAGCUUGCGGUCAGGUGUGUUCAAUCAUAUAUUGUAAGGCCUGUAUUUACAACAACUCAAAGGAAAUAUGUACAAGAUGCAAAGAUGGCCAUUUCGGUACAGACUGUUUACAGCAGUGCAGUGACACUUGUAAAAACAGGAAAUGUGACCGAUUUGGACGUUGUGUUUUUGGAUGUAAAGAAAAUCAUCAUGGUUUAAGUUGUGAACAUCAGAGAUGUACAUUUGCUGACUGCUUAUCGUGUGCAUACACACAAUAUGAUUCUUAUUGUUCUGAAUGUGUACCAGGGAAAUACUGGAAUCCAUAUAUCAAUAACUGUACCAAUUGCAGCGACCAUUGUGUAGGCGGACAAUUAGCCUGCAACUCGUCCAAUGGAGUUUGUAACCAAGGCUGUGAGUCUAGGUGGUUUGGUACUUUGUGUGACAAAUUCUGCCCUGUAGACAACUGCACUCAGUGCAGAGAAGUAUUCCAUGGAGUGCAGAAAGUUAAAGAAUGUAAGAUAUGUGAUGAUGGAUUUUUCACCUCACAUGGAAUUUGUGAGAAAUGUAGUAAUACAUGCUUAUUAGACACAGUGGAUGGUAAAACAUGUGAUGGGCAAAAUGGUAAGUGUCUCGCUGGGUGUAUGGUGGGCUGGUAUGGAGACAGAUGUAACAAGCGAUGCAACAUUUCAAAUUGUAGACGUUGUGAAGAAGUUAAUCGGAAUCAUAUUUAUUGUGAGACUUGUGAAAAUGGAUUUUACUGGAGUUCCAAAGAUUCAAAAUGUCUUCACUGCCCACCAAACUGUACAAAUGGAUGUAAUAUUACAAAUGGGCAUUGUAUUGGUGGUUGUAAGGACGGUUACUAUGGUAACCAGUGUGAUAAUAUGUGUGGUCACUGUUCAAAUAUUCCUUGUAAUGAUACAAAUGGGUAUUGUCUUCAAGGUUGUGAAAAAGGAUGGUAUGGAACCUGGUGUAUGUCCAGUUGUCCAAUACAUUGUCGUAGCUGUAUCGAUUUUAAAAACAAUACGUGUGGUUCAUGUGAACCAGGAUGGUAUGGACCACAGUGUGAAAUAAAAUGUAGCGAAUUUUGCAAAAGAAAUUCCUACAGUAACUUCCUGUAUUGUCACAAGGAAACUGGAGAGUGUUCUGAAGGAUGUCGGCAUAGUUACCAUGGAGCAUUUUGUAACAUAACAUGUCAUGAUAACUGUUUUGGUGACCUCUGUGACCUUACAGGAAACUGUUCUUAUGGAUGUAAACGUAAUUAUUAUGGUCCAAAUUGCAAUAAACGUUGCUCAGAGAACUGUGAUAAUUGUCAUCAAGGAGAUGGUAAAUGUGCUGUACCCUGUCGACAGGGAUUCUAUGGUGAAUACUGCACUGGUGUCUGCAGCAAAACAUGUCUCUUCCAGUCCUGCGAUGAACAAGGAAAUUGUGUGUCGGGUUGUGUAGGUGGUUUUUUUGGAAGCACAUGUGAGAAAGUUUGUAACUCUAACUGCAUGGAUGGGAUUUGUAAUCUUGUGACGGGGUACUGCAGUCGUGACUGUAAAUCCGGAUACUAUGGCAACCAAUGUGACGUAGAGUGUAGCCCCAGGUGCCUGAAGGACUGCAAACGAGACCUGGGUUUCUGUCGUGGCUGUAAGGAUGGUUUCUACGGUAACAGAUGUGAAGAGAUAUGUCGGUAUUGUCACAAUGACACCUGUGAGCAGGGAACUGGUGUGUGUACCUACGGCUGUGAAGCGGGUCACACCGGACACAAAUGUGCCAGUAGAUGCCAGCCUGGAUAUUUUGGCCUUGAUUGUAAAAUGUCCUGCAGUAAUUGUAAAGAUAAUACACAGUGUGACGCCAUUAAUGGAACUUGUUUACUGGGUUGUAUCGAAGGCUGGACCAACUAUAACUGUCAGCGCAAGUCACUAAGGAUUGUGCAUUACACACAGGAACCAGACAGUGAGAGAAGUACCAUUGCUAUCUCUACUAGUGCUACUGUAGGUGUCUUCCUCACCAUCAUUGUCAUUGUCAUUGGUGCUGUUUGUCACAGACGUGGUAGGUGCCCUGGAGCAUGCACCCUAAAGAAGAAGAAUGAAACUAGCCUUCAAGAUGGCCAUCAGAACUACCAGACAUCUGUAAGAAAGACUUCUGUAGAAGGAAGUGACCAGCCUAUUUCCAUGAUAUCCUCUAGUACACUAAUGGGCAGUCUGACCAUUGACCCCGCUGACCUCCAGCUUGGGACAACUGAGAUGAAAGGGCUAUUCUAUAUGGUCAAAAUUGGUAGUCUGCAACACACACUGUCUAGGUCCACUGUGAUGGUCAAGCUGCUCUGUAAAGCUACACAAAGAAGAGUUCAGGCUGACUUUCUCCAUGAUGUUGAAGUGAUUCGAAACCUAAAUCUACAUAGAAACAUCCUUUCCUAUAUAGGGCUUUGUGAAAAUGAAAGAUUCAUACACAGCGUGUUUGAAGCAUGUGUUUGCGGAGAUCUGAAGAAGUACUUGACCAAUCUGAAGCGGUCGUCCAGUGACCCUGCCACCAAUACUGUCCAGCUUUGCUAUAUAGAACUGGUCAAAUUUGUGGUGGAUGUUCUACAAGCUCUGAUAUUCCUACACAACAAUAAGAUUAUUCAUCGAUUGGUGGGUGCCCAGAGUGUUUACCUCGACAAUGACUACACUGCCAAGCUUGCCAACUUCCACUUUGCUGUCAAAUAUAAAGAUGCAGAGAAUGGAACAAUUCGUGCCAAAAAACUACCACAGAGAUACGUAGCAUGGAUGCCACCUGAGGCUCGAGCAGAGGAUAUAUACUCAAAUUCCACUGACAUGUGGGGAAUAGGUGUGUUGCUGUGGGAAGUGGUAACUCUUGGUAGCAGCACAAAUCUACAGGAUGCCACUGAGCUAACCAGCCCCACAGCUAGUUCCAGUGACCAAAGCACCCCUGGGGCAAGUCCUAAUCGUCAUAAGACCCCUGGGGCAAGUCCUGAUGAUCGUCUAACCCUAUGUGCAAGUCCACAUGAUCACAGAAACCGAGGACCAAAUACUGCUCAUAGAAACCCAGGACCAAGCACUGCUGAUAACAAAAACCCAAGACCAAAUACUGCUCAUAGAAACCCAGGACCAAGUACUGCUGAUCACAGAAACCCAGGACCAAGUACUGCUGAUCACAGAAACCCAGGACCAAGUACUGCUGAUCACAGAAACCCAGGACCAAGUACUGCUGAUCACAGAAACCCAGGACCAAGUACUGCUGAUCACAGAAACCCAGGACCAAGUACUGCUGAUCACAGAAACCCACGGCCCGGACGGACCGGGACAGCCCCGAUUGGCUACCUCACAAUUCCAUUGGACUGCGACAGAUUUCUCUCUCAGUGUAUUGAGCAGUGUUGGAACACUGUCCCAGAAAACAGACCCUCCUUUACUCCAAUGGUCCGCAAAUUGUCAGCCUCUCUGACACGGAGAUGGACAGGAAAUGGAGAAGUGCAAAUGUCUGUUAGUACUUUGGUAUAAUGUUCGAUCAAACAAUAUCAAAGUGGAGCUGGUGGUUGGACAAAAAUGCUGCGGCUGCUGAAUCCAAGGGAAUACAUCAUCACAGAGACAUUUUAUGCAGGAUUUCACUUGAUGAAAAUGUGAUAAUUAAUUAGCAAUACUUAACCUUAUUAAAAAAAGACACAGAUGACUUAGAAAGGACUAAGACAGAUAUAUAGGUCCAUAAAACAAGUAUCAAUGUAUUAUCCCAACUGAACUUUUGUUCUGGUUUUACCUUAAACUCCCUUUGUUGCCAUUAAUAUUCAGUAAUUGAUUGUUGUUAAUGAACUGUUGUAGCAAAAGAAGAUGAUUUUGAAUCAUAUUUCUGACUAUACUGUACUUUUCAAAUUAAAAAUUAUCAGUAAUGUUUUGAUUUAGAACAUACAUUUUAUUGUAACUUUAGAAAAUCUUUUGCUUUCCACAUUCCUAAAAUUUAUUUGAUUAAUCAAAAUAUUAUUUGCUUUAAGAAAAUAAUUUCAUUCUUUUAUUGGCUAACAUGUUCCAAAAGAUUGGUGAGCUUAUGUCAAGGUGCAGUGUCUGUUGUCUUACUUUUCCUUAAAAUCUUGACUAGUCAUGUAAGACGGUGUGGAUAUGGACCAAAUUCAGUCAGAAACAUCCUUGGGUAAAUGGGAACCAAUUUUAUCAAAUAAUUGGUCCGGCUCUGAAUAUGGUUUCACUUAAAAGAUUAUUACCCUCAGAGGAACAGGGCCUAAUACAAAGUUUUUACCCUCAGAGGAACAGGGCCUAAUAAAAAAUUAUUACCCUCAGAGGAACAGGGCCUAAUAAAAGAUUAUUACCCUCAGAGGAAUAGGGCAUACUAAAAAAUCAUUACCCUCAGAGGGACAGGGCCUUAUAAAAGAUAAUUACCCUCAGAGGAACAGGGCCUAAUAAAAGAUUAUUACCCUCAGAGGAACAGAGCCUAAUAAAAGAUUUUUACCCUCAGACAGACAGAGCCUAAUAAAAGAUUAUUACCCUCAGAUGGACAGGGCCUAAUAAAAGAUUAUUACCCUCAGAGGUACAGGGCCUAAUAAAAGAUUAUUACCCUCAGAGGGACAGGGCCUAAUAAAAGAUUAUUACCCUCAGACGGACAGGGACUGAUAAAAGAUUAUUACCCUCAGAGGAACAGGGCCUAAUAAAAGAUUAUUACCCUCAGAGGGACAGGGCCUAAUAAAAGAUUAUUACCCUCAGAGGGACAGGGCCUAAUAAAAGAUUAUUACCCUCAGACGGACAGGGACUGAUAAAAGAUUAUUACCCUCAGAGGAACAGGGCCUAAUAAAAGAUUAUUACCCUCAGAGGAACAGGGCAUACUAAAAAAUCAUUACCCUCAGAGGGACAGGGCCUUAUAAAAGAUCAUUACCCUCAGAGGAACAGGGCCUAAUAAAAGAUUAUUACCCUCAGAGGAACAGAGCCUAAUAAAAUAUUUUUACCCUCAGACAGACAGAGCCUAAUAAAAGAUUAUUACCCUCAGAUGGACAGGGCCUAAUAAAAGAUUAUUACCCUCAGAGGGACAGGGCCUAAUAAAAGAUUAUUACCCUCAGAGGGACAGGGCCUAAUAAAAGAUUAUUACCCUCAGACGGACAGGGACUGAUAAAAGAUUAUUACCCUCAGAGGAACAGGGCCUAAUAAAAGAUUAUUACCCUCAGAGGGACAGGGCCUAAUAAAAGAUUAUUACCCUCAGAGGGACAGGGCCUAAUAAAAGAUUAUUACCCUCAGACGGACAGGGACUGAUAAAAGAUUAUUACCCUCAGAGGAACAGGGCCUAAUAAAAGAUUAUUACCCUCAGAGGGACAGGGCCUUAUAAAAGAUUAUUACCCUCAGAGGGACAGGGCCUAAUAAAAGAUGAACAGGGCAUAAUAAAAGAUAAUUACCCUCAGAUGGACAGGUCCUAAUAAAAGAUUAUUACCCUCAAAGGGACAGGGCCUAAUAAAAGAUUAUUACCCUCAGAGGGACAGGGCCUAAUAAAAGAUUAUUACCCUCAGACAGACAGGGCCUUAUAAAAGAUUAUUACCCUCAGACAGACAGGGCCUAAUAAAAGAUUAUUACCCUCAGAGGGACAGGGCCUAAUAAAAGAUUUUUACCCUCAGAGGGACAGGGCCUAAUAAAAGAUUAUCACCUUCAGAGGGACAGGGCCUGAUAAAAAAUCAGUUAUUAAUGUUGAGUGCUUUUCAACUUAAUUUGAUUUGAUCAUUUGCUGGUAAGUAUUAGAAAGGUAAAUAUUAGUUAAAGGAAAGUGUUGACUGCAAUGCAUUGUACUGAGAGGCCCGAGCCCAAAAUGGGGAAAAGUAUCAAUUUUGUACUGAGUAAUAUAACUGAAGAGUGCUUUGCCAUAAUCACUGAAAUAUCUAGGUGAGUGAUGCAGGCCCUAUGGGCCUCUUGUUUUGUUGUUUUUGUUAUUUGUUCUUUUUUGUUAUGAGAAUCUAGGUGAAACCCAGAGAUGUUAUUUCAAUUGUCUAUGACAUGUUAUGUUUGUGUUAAGAUAUGACAGCCAAUGAGUUAUAUUGUAUCUGUUUAAGCUGAGCCGAGUCUUACUCUCCUAGUACAUUAUCAAGAGUCUCCAUAUCUUUGGUAUGUUUAACUUUUUGAUUGGAAUGAUGGUUUUGUUCGGUAUUCUUUCGUUUGUUUGAUGUGGAACAAUUUCAUUUUGGUGAGUGAUUAUUUCUUCUUGUGUCACUUAAAAAAAAAGUAUACCAAUAACAUUUCGAUUGUAACCUCAAAAUAGUGCUGAAAUAAUUAACUUAAUUGUGAGCCAUGUUAUGUAAUUAAAAUAUUAUUCCCAUCUGUUGGAGUCACUCUCUUCUAGAGGCAAUAAUUAUCCUCUCUUCCUGCAUGGGUGCCAUUGUAUUCCCCGACUGUUCUGCAAGGCCACUUUGUAAGGCUCAGUAAUAUGAAUUACUUCUGAUCAGCAGAUCAAAGAAAAUGAUUAUUCCUGAAUUCAUAGUGAAUGAAAUAUGUGAACAUACCUGGUGAGAUCAGCUAAUUAGUAUUAUAGUGAGUUAAACAUACAGGAUCUACAAUAUAUCCUAAAAAAAUGUUUUAAUCAAUUAAACUAUUUAAUGUAUGAAAUUUUCUUUUAUGUGAGAAAUGCAAUAUAUAUAUGUUGAAAAUAGGUAAAUCUUUUUGUAGUUUAUUAUUAUUGCCAAAAACAAUUGUCAAAAUCUCCUUAAAUACAAUUAUGACAAUGAAAAAAAAACAAUUUCAAGUAUUUUUUAAAUCUGUUUAUUCAUCUUGAGAGUAGUUUUCUGAAAACUGAAUAUAUAUUUUUCACUGGAAUAUUUAAGAUCCUGUUUCAAGCCACUUGAACUAUAUGUAUAUAAUUGAUGUUGAAACACAACAUUUAUAUGGAUUCUACAUGAAAUCCCCUCCAAUUUCCAAGCUCAGCUCAAAAUUAUUGUACUUAAGACAAGUUGUUUUAUCCAUCAUUGUGUUACACUGCUGUAUAUGUCAGAUCUGCUGUUAAAUAAUCAAACAACUUACCUCCCUUUAUCUUAGUGAGUGGGUAGGUGGCACUGUAUAUAGAAAGGUAUGGGAGUCACCUUCUCAGGUAGUGGGAUAUCUUCAGAUACUCUGAUUUUCUCCCACAAUAACACCUCCUGGAUGCUUCUAGUGAGGUCAACUAGAUAGUUGAUGAGCAAGGAUUACCAUAAUGCUGUAAUGGGUAUGUUUACUUUAUUGUGAGUUCAUAAGCAGUUUCUAGCUUACUUUUUAGCUCACCGGUUACGAGUAACCGUGAGUUAAUGCUGUGACCCCCGCGUCCGUGUCGGUGUCGGCAUCAGCGUCAGCGUCCCACCCCAGAACUUCAAUGUUUUUGGGGUAAGUUUUUGGAAAGCUUGUAAGUCCAAAAGUAUACACCUCAUGCCCUUCUAAUUAGAGGUCUAGGAGUGAUGUUAUAGCAAAAUCA